ACCCACAGAAGAUGACAACAACAAAACAGACCGAGCGGGUGUUAGCGUAGUUAGCUCCUCGCUUUAAACAACAACCCUUUUGCUACGCCACCCCGGCGUGGAUGCUAGGAGAUUAACCCUAUUUAAAAGCAGCAAUGUCGUUAAUAAUUAAUGUAUUGACUGUCAUUAAUCCAAGGCUAGCCAAGUCUAGCUAGUGUUGCUAAGGUAGCUCUAUGUAUGCCAAACCAAUACAGCUUAGCUAGCUAGCUUUUUUGCUAGCUUGGUAGCUAGCCCACUCGCCUUAGGUAAGGUGGACAGCAAGAACAGGGAUAUGCGGAUAAAGUGAGGGUGGAGUUGAAAGACUAAAUGAGCGACACAGUCAGAGAACAGUGGCAACAUGAAGUUGUAUGUGUUCCAGGUUAACAAUGGCAGCACGCUGACAUUUGACACUGAUCUCGCUGUCCAAAGUGUACUGGAGCUUAAACAUGCCAUCCAAGCGAAAUAUAAGAUUGCCAUUCAACAUCAAGUCCUUGUUGUCAAUGGAGGGGAAUGUAUGGCUGCGGAGAGGCGAGUCUGCAGCUACAGUGCUGGCACUGAAACAAACCCCAUAUUCCUCUUCAACAAAGAGAUGAUCUUGUCUGACCGGGAUCCCACAAUCCCCAAAACCACCUUCUCCAUUGAGAGUGAGAUUCAGGUGAAGGUGGAAGAGUCGCUCCUGAUGCCAGCCGUCUUUCACACCGUUGCCUCUCGAACACAACUUGCUCUGGAAAUGUUUGAAGUUGCCAACAAACUUAGCUCGUUCUGUGAACGUUUGGUUCAUGAUGAACACCUCCAGCACCAAGGCUGGGCCGCCAUCAUGGCGAACCUGGAUGACUACACUCUGUCUUAUCAGAAGCUGCUCAUGAAAUUUGACACUGCAUACGCUACAUAUCAGCACGACCUGGAAGAAAUUAAGUUCAAACUGACAAAGUUGGGGACAGCAGUCGCUGUGAUGGCCAGGAUACCCCUGCUGGAAUGCUUGACAAAACAAAGUCACAGAGAGAACAUAAAGAAGUCAGCCUCCACGUCAGAUAAAGAUUCAGAUGCGACGGAAGAACAAAAAUCGACAGAGUCCGUGCUGUGCGCCGCGGAUGUUCAGAGGGCCCACAAGGUACCAGGUUUGAGCUUGUCGGAGAAGUGUCAAGGGGCUAGUGACCAGGACAGAAAUCCAAUGAUGGACAGCGGUGGACUGAGAGCUGCUCUGCUAGAUGAAGACACCCCAGAGCUUGGAAAUACGUCCCAAUUCAAUGUCACGCUCUUAGACUGGAUCAACGUGCAGGAUCGACCCAAUGACGUGGAGUCAGUUGUUAGAAAAUGCUUUGAGUCCAUCAAUAGGCUUGACCCACGGAUCAUUCAACCUUUCCUAGGAGACUGUCGCGACACAAUAGGCAAACUUGAUAAUCAAAACAUGAAAGCUAUCAAAGGGCUGGAGGACAGGUUGUAUGCGCUCGACCAGAUGAUCGCCAGCUGCAAGAAGCUGGUCAAUGAACAAAAGGAACUUGCUCAGGGAUUUUUAGCCAAUCAGAAGCGUGCUGAAAACCUGAAGGAUACAUCUGUUCUGCCUGACUUGUGUCUGAGUCACACCAACCAGCUGAUGAUCAUGCUGAACAACCACAGGAAGCUAUUGGACAUCAAAAAGAAGUGCACCACUGCCAAACAAGAACUUGCAAACAAUCUCCAAGUCCGACUCAAAUGGUGCUGCUACGUGAUGCUCCAUGCAGACCAGGAUGGUGAGAAGCUUCAGGCUCUGUUUCGACUCCUUACGGAACUGGUGGAACGGGUGCGGGUGGUGGAGGCCCUCAACACUGUGCCCCAGAUGUAUUGCUUGGCGGUGGUGGAAGUCGUGAGGAGGAAGAUGUUUAUGCGGCACUACAGAGAGUGGGCCUAUGCGCUUGUGAAAGAUGGCAAACAGCUGUACGAGGCGGAGAAGUUCAAAAGGGAGACAUUUGGGAAACUCUUCAGAAAGUCGUUCCUCAGAAAUCGCUUGUUUCGAGGUCUUGACGCAUGGCCUCCUACAUCCUUUUGUACACGAAAACCUAGGCGAUUUGAUGAUGAACUUCCAGACAUCUCCCUUGACGACUUGCAGUACUUGAAAUCGUGUUGUCCUGUUGAAGUGCAGCCUUUCCUAAUGGUCCCGACAAUGUGUGACUUUGAGCCCUUGAAUCAGCAUGUGGAGAAGUUACAUCGGCUGGUCCAAGCUGCACAGAGUUUGGAUGAAAUGUCUCAAACUAUAACUGACCUGCUAAGUGAACAAAGGGCGCCAUGUAGUCAGAGUUCGCACAGGUCAACCAUGUUAACGCCUCAGUCUGCAGAAAGUCCGCCUGGGCCCUCCACAGCCACGCACUCCAAAGCCCCUACCUCUCUCAGCCUUCAAGGACCCAGCUGUCAGCCACUCCACGUUCCCGCCCCAGCCCCUUUAGAGGACCUUUCUCCAGACAGCAUCGAUGCACAGACAUUUGACUUUGAAACCAUCGGCCAUCCCAACAUGGAUCCCGUCCUGCAUCCCGGCUCCCUUGACCUGGAUUCCUUGGCAGAGAGCCCCGAGUCUGAUUUCAUGUCCGCCGUCAAUGAGUUUGUAAUAGAAGAGAACCUGACUUCUCCGAACCCCAUCAGUGACCCCACAAGCCCUGAAAUGAUGGUGGAGUCUUUGUAUUCUUCUGUCAUCAAUGCCAUCGACAACAAGCGCAUGCAGGACACCACAACGUUUGAGAGGGAAAACUCCAGGAUCACGGUUCUGCAUCAAAUUAUUGACAACUAUAGAUCAGCUGCGGAGGAGUCCCAUUCCAAUUUGAGGUGUGUAAAGGAUGACCUGUGUCACCUCCGAAGUCAGGUCUUGAAAGAAAAAAAUGACUUUGGCUUUGCCCUGAGGAGUAUGAGCACAGAGGUUUGCAACAUUGUGGAUGAUGUCUGCCACACGCUUAAACUGGAGCUGAAAGAGGAGCAUCAGAGCGAGAUCGUCGCCAUUCAGCAAACUUUUGAGAAGCAGAUCCGCUCUCUAACGGAGGAAAACGUAGACCACCAGAAUAUAGUGCGAGAUGUGCAGCGAGCAAUGCUGGAUUUGGAAGGGCUGAUGGAGCGCAAAGAGAAAGAACUUACUCAGCUGGAGAGCGACAAGGCGCAGUGGCUUGACACAGAGGGAAGCCUGAAAGAGAAGAUCAAGAAGACGGAACAGCUAAUGUGCGAUCAAACCGCAGAGCUCGAGACCCUCCUGGAUUCCAGAGACUCUCUGAAAAGGCAGCUUGAGAAUCUGCAUUUUGAGAUCGAACGCGGCCAGCAGAAGAUCAGGCAGGAGUUGGAGGCUGUGGAGCAGGUGCAUUUGAAGGAGCUUGAGGACAGAAUGAUGCAGGAACAUCUGGCACAACUCAACACCCUUGCUAAGGAUCGUCAGGAGGCUCUGGAACAACUUGCUGCUGAAAAUAGGGCUAAGCUGAACGAGACAACAGAACAGUAUAACUUGGCUCUAAAAGAAAAAGACAUCCAAAUAAAAGACCAGGAGGCUCAUAUUACUGAGCUUGCAGAACUGCGAUGCAAACUGGAGAUAGAGAUUGCACACAAAGAGACAGAAGCAGAGGAGGUGAGGGCCCUAUUGGAGGACACCAAAAUGCAGCAGGCCGAGGCUGUGAGGUCACAGGUAGCCAACAAGGUGCAAGUCCUCAACGAAGAGCUCACAAAGGUCAAACAGGAGCUUCAGGUGAAAAAUGAGGAGUAUGAGACGGACCGAGCCAAGCUGAAGAGCCUCUUGAAGAUUGAGAAGGACAAUUGCAUCUCAGAGCUGGUGGACAGACAUGAAGAAGAGAUUUCCCUGUUGCAAAGCGAGCUCUCCUCCUUGCAGCAACAAGCCCAGGAUGCUGACAGGAGCCACGCAGAGCAGCUGCAGAACCUCAAGCAAGAGCUGCAACUACAAAAGGAUGAGACCGAAAAGAGGCUGUUAGAUAGGAUUAGACAACUUGAAGAUGAGUUUCAUGACAGGCCAGCCUCAUCAAGCGACACAGGGUUGCCACUGUGCGCUGAGAGUCGCACAGAUGCACCUCUUUCUUUGGACUCCGCACUACAAGAGCGACUGCAGCAGGAGAGGGCCUCCCUGCAGACCCAGCUGGAGCUCCUGGAGAGGAGGAAGAAUGAGGAGAUUCAGAACCUCAAGACCUCUCUGAUUGCAGAACAGCAGACUAACUUCAACACAGUUCUGACUCGUGAGAGGCUGAAGAAGGAGCAGGUCAUCAGUGAACUCACAGAGAAGCUUCAGAAUGUCACCCAACAGCAGGAAAAGGACAAAGCUCUGAUAGAGACUCUAUCUGAGGACCGAGCAAGUGUCAUGCAGGAGAAGAAGCACCUGGAAGAAGAGCUCAACCGCUUGCGCAACACCACUCUGGUCUCCUCGGCCAUCUUCACUGGCACCCCCUUAGCCCAAGAGAUCGGCGAAGCAGCAGGCGCAUGCGCCUCUGAGCUCCUGGCUGACACCGAACGACUGGCCUCUGUGGCGGCCUCGAGGGAUGAAGAGCACGUCGACUCCGCAGUGGAAGCUAGCAUGGUGACAGUCCAUGAUAAUGUCCUGAUGUCAGAGGAAAAGCAGAGGAUACUUCUACUUGAGAGGACCUUACAUAUGAAGGAGGAAGAGAACAAGCGCCUCAGUCAAAGACUGAUGUCUCAGAGCAUGUCGUCUGUAUCUUCACGGCACUCAGACAAAAUCGCCAUCCGAGAUUUCCAGGUAGGCGAUCUGGUUCUAAUCAUCCUGGAUGAAAGACACGACAACUACGUCCUCUUCACCGUUGGCCCAACACUCUACUUCCUGCACUCAGAGUCGCUCACUGCCCUGGACCUCAAACCAGCAUCAGGGACAUCAAGGCGGCCGUGGGUUCUUGGAAAGGUGAUGGAGAAGGAGUAUUGCCAGGCUAAAAAGGCCCAGAACAGGUUCAAGGUUCCUUUAGGAACCAAAUUCUACAGAGUCAAAGCUGUUCCAUGGAACAGAAAAGUAUAAUAUCCGAGUCAUACGUGUAGAAAUAUAUAUAUAUAUAUAUAUAUAUAUAUAUAUAUAUAUAUAUAUAUAUAUAUAUAU